AGUUCACGGUGUCUGUUCACCUUCUGUCUCUCUAGCAUGGCUGUGCUUUCCACGUGGAUGAAGUGCAGACAGGGGGGGGGACCACAGGGAAGAUGUGGGCCCAUGAGCAUUGGGGCAUGGAGGACCCAGCUGACAUUGUGUCCUUCAGUAAGAAGCUUCUGACGGGGGGCUACUACCACAAGGAUGAGUUCCAGGCGGAUGAGCCAUACCGUAUCUUUAAUACAUGGAUGGGCGACCCUUCCAAGAAUCUGAUCCUGUCUGAGGUUCUCAAUGUGAUCCGCAGAGAGAACCUCCUUGAGGAGGUGACCCGCUCUGGGAAGGCGCUGAUGAACGGCCUCUUUGAGCUACAGGUACUGCAUGUUUGUUUGUAAAGGUUAUGACUUUUC